UCAGUGGCGCUCACUUCAACUUUAUAAGUAUUGUCAUUUCACAUUUAAUUGUGUAGAUUCAGAAAUUAUGUUUCUCAGCAUUAUAUUUAAAUAAUUUUCAAUAAGCAAGGUAUCUGGAGUGAUUAUUUGUAUUGAUUAAUUAAACAUAUGUAUACAUACGUAUUUGGUGUUGUCAAUUAAUUACUCUGUCAAGGUCAACAACUGUAUGUAAAUAUAAUUUACGGGAGAGGUGACUUGGCAUUUCUGCAUGAUCGGAAAAUUAGCAUUAAACAGGCAUAAAAUGCUUAUACGAGUUGCAAUGAUGGAGCAGACAGUUCGUAAAUUCACAAGUGCCACCAAAUCGGCAACCAAUAAUUGCCGCAGGUUGGAAGGCAAGGUUGCAGUUGUCACAGCCUCCACCCAAGGAAUCGGAUACUCUGUAGCACGCCGCUUCGCCCAAGAAGGAGCCAAGGUUGUCAUCAGCAGCAGAAAAGAAUCGAAUGUCAAAAAUGCGGUUGAGCAACUUGCGAGUAAAGAGGGCCUCGAGGUCUCCGGAAUCGUUUGCCAUGUGGGAAAAGCCGAGGACAGGCAGAAACUCUUGAAUGAGGCAGUGGUGCGCUAUGGUGGACUGGAUAUUUUGGUGCCAAACGCAGCUGCAAACCCAGAAGCAGGUCCAGUCAUCGAAUGCAGCGAGUCUGUUUGGGACAAGAUAUUCGACAUCAAUGUCAAGAGUACAUUUUUGUUCAUAAAAGAAUCAUUACCUUUUCUCAGAAAAAGACAAUCUGCCUCGAUUAUUAUCAUGUCCUCGAUAUCUGGAUAUCAACCGCUUAGUUUGCUGGGAGCGUAUUCUGUUAGUAAAACGACCUUGCUAGGACUGUGUAAAGUUGUCAGCGAAGAAUUGGCAAGUGAAGGAAUUAGGGUCAAUUGCAUCGCUCCAGGAGUUAUAAAAACAAAGUUCUCCCAACCACUUUACGAAUCAAAAGCUGCGAUCGAUACAACGUUGACAAUGAUACCAAUGAACAGACUGGGAACUCCAGAUGAGAUUGGAGCUGUUGCUGCGUUUUUGGCAAGUGACGAUGCGGCAUACAUCACAGGAGAAACAAUUGUAGCUGCCGGAGGAAUGAAAUCAAGGCUUUAAAAAGUUUAAGUAUAGUAAACGGGAUGUGUUUCAUCGUAAUUUGGAGAUUUUGGAAUUUUCAAACUUUAGCUUUGUAUUUUGAUCGCGACUGGACCAAGAGGGAUUCAAGAAAACGGGGACUUAGCAUCAAGAAUUUGCCAAUUGAUCAAAAAAUCUUUUGGUGAAGUGUAAUUGGUUGAGGUGUUAAUUAUGUAAGUACUUUUUUGGUAC